CAGACUGGACAUGGCCUYGAYUGAAGUUUCUCCUGACAUAGCUUCAAACAUCACUUACAGCAAGAUCUUCUUGUCCAAGCACCUUCCACCAGGUUGCAUCAUAUAUGGUGGAAAUUGCAGCGUUACUAUAACAAAUGAAACCGAAAUUUGUGUCGGAGUGAACAGCACGGAGCUGCAGCUGCUUCUCUCCAGCGGCCAGAUGGACAGACGUUUGUGUGACUUUGCCGUUGAGCAAUUUGCUUGUGCCUCGCUGUCAGCGCUAACCRCAGAACAUCUGGCUGCGUUGCUAAUGUGUAACCGCUCGUCAAACUCCAGCAGAUCCAGACCCAUCUGGAAGCUUCUGCUCUCCAAAGCCUCUCGUGUGCUCGAUGAAGCUCUGGAUCUUCUCGCCAACAAGACUCUGGACCCCAGAAAUCCUGCAUUGUCAGUGGUUCUGGAUUCCAUACGUGAAAUCCGAUUGGACGUCUUAGACAUAGUCAGUAUCAACCAGCCUGACUUCAUCCAGCUGUGGUUCAACCGCCGACUACGCCCGCUCCUGUCGGCGGUUUCCCCGGACUUCCUGUCAUGUUUUGUCACAAGGGGAUUGAACUGCACCACCUACCAACACAUUCUGCAGAUUUUGAGUCAACUCCGGCCAAACAUGACUUUAGCCAAGCAGAAGUCCAUCUACGUGUACUUCAUCAAGGUUUUCCUGACCAGGAACAACACUGAAGACCCGAGCUGCAGUUUCAACACCAAAAACUCUGGAGAAUGGCUGCAGAAGAACUUGGGAGGUUUCUCUGACUUCCUCUCCUUCUCUGAACUUCAGAUGCUCUAUGCCAACUUCUCAGCGUUGCAAGCGUUGCCAGCGCUGACAGUCGUACAGCUGGCUCAGAUGUCCUCCACCCCUGGUCAGCUCAAAUCUGCUGCCGAGGUCGACAUGGUGAUGAAAUACGUCCCCAGCCAACAGCUCCCUGCCUUCUUUGAUAGGUUCUCUCCUGCUAUCAUGGCCCAUGUGGACAAGAUCCCCUCUCCGGUGAGGUCGGCCAUGUUACAGGUUGUGUUCGAUCGUGCAAACCUCUCCAAUGACUCGGUGGGUGACUCAGUUGUGAUGACGUGGCUCAACGUUCGGCUGCCGCCGCUGCUGGUCGGGCUGUCGCUGCGCCACAUUGCACCGUUCUUCAAAAUACUGACAGGAAGGAACUGCAGCGUCGAGGAGCAGGGAGUCAUGAACCUAAAUUCAGAGAUGUCAUCUCUGAGCAAUGAGACGAAGGGAGAAAUCCACAGCCACAUCAUUCAGAUGCUCAGAGGACCAAAACCUCUCCAAUGCUACGGCGACAACUACAACCGCAGUUACUACAGCUUCCUGCAGAGCAGGUUCAUGGGAUUCCAGUUCCCCAACCUGACCACCUUCCUGUCGCUCAUGCCUCACAACAAGAUGCCACAGUUGGUGAACUCCAUGCCUCCAUCGGCUCUUGGAGAUUACCUCCGUCGUCCUGACAUCGUCGACAGUGACGCGCAGCUCUGUGUCGUCUUCAACAGCUACACCCAGACACCAGAGUUCCUGGAGAAAGAGUCUCUCCCGGAGGCGGUGAGGCGACCCACGCUGCCUUGCGUCUGGCCGAUGGCUCUCAGCAGCUCCAAGAGGUCAGAGGUCAACGUCUGGUUUGACCGAAGCCUCAAGAACUACUUGGUCUUCCUCACAAAGACUCUGAUCAGCCCCAACAUCACACACAACGCCACCUGUGUGGCCUUCCAAAAGCUCGUCUCAGUUCUUGGUGACUACAACUACACUGCUGUGGACUUUAUGAGGCGAGAUGUGUUCACCAGCAUCAGGGACUACCUCAACUCAGCGACGGUGCCCAGAUGUUACAACUCCAGCAACCCAGAGCUAAACUCUACAGCCUGGUUUGCCGACUACAUCGGCUCCUUCACUCCUUUCCUCACUCUGGACUAUCUCCUGGCCUUUGGAUCAUCGCAGGUUAUCCAGGUGUUCACAGUGAAUCUGCAGAACAUCGCCCUCUUCAACCACUCCGUGUUACCGCUCAACUUCACCAACUACUACACUGAGCUUGUGUAUCAGCAGGACAGCAACUUCAAUCCCAUUCAUCUGCCUCUGGUGUUUCGCUGCGUCGCUCCAGGUGGAGCGUUUAGUCAGCUGACUGAAGCGCAAAGUGUCGCAGUACUGAGCAACCUGACCAAUGUCUGUACGGACCUGGAUCCACAGAUUUCUGCAGCUUUGGCGAGUAACUUCGGUGACAACAUUGAUUCCACGAAUAUCGCUGCCCUCGGCAAUGAAAGCAGCAGCCUGUCCACAGGCCAGAUCAAGAUGAUAAGUCCUGAGGCCCUGGUUGCUUCGCUGAGCAUCCUCAGCACAGUGAUGGGCUGGAACGAGGGUCAGGCCAAGGCCAUUAUCCAGUCCAUUAUGUCGUCAGGGAAGCUAGAGAUCAAGGACUCAUUGUCGUUGCUCAUGCUGGGCUCUCUUGUUGUGGGUGUUCCCACCAAAGUGUUCACCAGCAUCAACGGCUCCCAGCUUAUCACUACGUCUAAAGAUUCUGCUUUCCUGGUGAACCUGAUGUCCGCUCCACAGAUCGUCCAGCAGAUCUUUGUGACUCAGAUCGUGGCGGUGAACACCAACAGUGAGGUGAUCAUAGAGAAUGUUCCGGAUGAACUGGCCACUGAGAUCCCUCGAGCUCUGCUGCUGGGCCUCUCCAACAAUGGCAACGUUAUCAAAAAGGUCAACAAGAAGAAAUGGAAGCGGCAGCAGGUGGAGUUAUUCUUCAGUGUAAUAGCUACGGAAACUUCAACUGCGCAGCUGGGAGGUGUGAACAAUUUGUCCUCGUCUGUGCUACAAGGGUUCACCUGCACUGGAGUGAGGACCAUUCAAAAGGUGCAGAUCAAGAAGCUGGUUAAAGCCUGUCGCAGAAAAGGCAACAAGAAGGUCAAACUGGUGGAGACUCAGCUGACGUGCAUGUACAACUACAUUAAAGGAGACUCAGACGUCACCAGCUUCGACCUCUAUCCUCCUGACCUGCUUCUGUACUAUAGUUACUCUCUGGUGCCUCAGGCCAGCUGCAGGUCGUAUUUUCAAGAGCUGGCGGACGCAGACUUCGAAGUCUUCUCCUCCGACCUCAGCUACAAACGUACGGCUCUGUUUGCUAACGCCAGGAGCUGCCUGGGUAUCACAACCACAAGUUUGACUAAGGAUAAUAUAAUGGUGUUGGGAAACAUGUGCUGCACUCUGGAUGGAUCCUACAUCGAGAACUCGGACUCAUACAUUCUGGAAAAACUCAAGAACUGCCCAGACCUCACUGAAGCUCAGGCCUCUGCAGCUCAGACCCUGCUGCUGAGCGGGAAAACACAGUACGGAGCGACGUCAACAUGGGAUCAACAGACUCUGGAGGACCUCGGCAUGUUACCGCUGUAUAUGACCUCAGCUUUCUACGAUGAAUUUGACAAAAAAACAAAGCGCAAGUUCUUAAGGGACUUCCUGAAACUCCUGACGCGUAACAGAGUGGGCAGACAGAAGAGGAGGAGGAUGAGGAAACAAAUAAGAAAGUCCAAUCGAAAGAAGUCAAAGCGAUCCAUAGCAUCGGAGUGCACUGUGGGAACAAUCACUCAUGUGACCAUUAGCGAUGCGACGUUCCCCUUCGAUUAUGACGACGUGACCCAGUUCAACUGCUGCCUCAGCGCGGAGACUGUUAAAGACAACCUGGACGCCAUCACGCAGAAGGUGGAUGAUGAGGCAUACCUCGCUAUCAUUCUCCAAAAGCUGCAUGAGGCGUAUGCUCACAACACCACCAUCCCAGAGGACCAGGUUCAGCUCUUGGGUCCAGCGUCUCGUGUGGCCAAUGUCAGCGACAUAAACAAGUGGAGCAUCACUCAGGUGGACACGCUGUCUGCUCUGAUGGACUCGUCUAACGGGGACUGGGACUCGAGCCUGGCCAAGGCCGUCAUCUCCAACUAUCUGAGUAAUGCAGGGAAUGAACUCGGCAGUGCGGAGCUCAACACCAUCGGAGGAGUCAACCUGUGCGUGCUGGAUGUUGACGUUUUGAAGAACAUUUCCAUACAAAGCCUCAGAGACGCCGACGCCCUCAAUGUGUCCGCCUGCACCAGAGAGAACAAGAAGGAACUGUUCACCAUCGCCAGACAAGCGUUUACAGACGUGACCCGCACAAACCUCAUCUCCUUAUCCAACUACCAGCUUAUUUCUGCUUAUCUUGGGGGCGCUGAUUUAUCAUUUAUCCAAAGUUUGGUGAGCUCCAAUGUCAGCAUGGACCUGGCCACCUUCACCAGUCUGGAUGACAGCGUUAUAAUGAAUCUGACCGUUAGUGACGUUCAAAAUCUUCUUGGCAGCAACCUGGGAGAUUUGAAGUCCUAUGAAAACCAAACGGUGGUUCAGACCUGGAUCAGGAGUCAGCCCCAAUCAGAGCUUGAUACUCUGUCAGUUGGACUCACGGGUGGGAAGGCUGGCACCAGCACCACAACCGCCAACCCUGCUACAGCCAUCACGGACUCAAGCAGUGUGUCAUCAUCAUCCUCCCCAUCGCCAACAUCCUCCCCAUCGCCAACAUCCUCCCCAUCGCCAACAUCCUCCUCAUCACCAACAUCCUCCCCAUCGCCAACAUCCUCCCCAUCGCCAACAUCCUCCUCAUCGUCAACCACUACUGUGUCUGGAUCCACCAGCUCCACUUCGACUUCUUCUACCACCACAGGUCACGGUUCCCGCAUCGGAGCAGACGUUGGCUUCUCCCUCUUUCUCCUCCUCGUGCUUUUCUUUGCUUCUGAGCACGUUGUGAUGUGAGGAACCUCGACCGAAGCAGCUGAUUAUAUGAAAGUCCAGAUUGGUUGAGUGGAAAAUAUGAAAUAAUGUUUUUAUUUAUCUCUAAUAGAAAUAAAAGGUGAGGCUGCUGAGGUUAUAUAACGGCUGCAUAUUACAUUACGAUUAUUACACAUUAGAUGUAAAUAAUAUAUUCUGUUCUCUGUGGGAAGAAUAUAUAUUCUCUCAAACCUUUCACAUGAAUAAUUUUACGAGCUCUUCCCCUGAAGCUUUAUAUUUUUUAAUUAUUGAAAAGAAGGAUAAACUAAAACAAAUGAAGGUGACCGUUUCUGCUGCAUUUCUUUUGCCUUAAUCUUCACUGUUGUGUAUUAAUUUUGAGACAGCACUUUCUUUCCUGUGAGCUUUAUGAGAUUAAUAAUAAAAUAGAUAAUGUUUUGUCAAUGCACAGUCUUCAGGACUCAUUCUGAGCUCUGUCACAGUUAACUGAGGGAGAAAAGAGUAAACGUUGUCCGGUCAUUUUAACACAAACGCUUAGAACCAAUAGUUACACGCAACAUGGAUGUAUAAGUAAAUCUGACGACAAGUAACAAGGCAGCAGUUCACAAGUGAAUAAAAAGCAUG